GGAUGGACUCCACAUCAGCUGCUGAUAACAUAAGGGAAGAUGCUGUGAGCAAGGUUUUGGGAAAAGACAAACCUGGACGAGUAAGGGGCUUUGGUAGAGGGAUUACAGCUAAUAAGCUAGCAUAUCUGCAAUUUAGAGACGCUAAGAUUGCAGAAAUGAAAAGUGAGAUUGAAGAGUUAAAGGGGAUGGUGCGAGAAUUAGCUGAGAAGAAGAAAAGUAAUGUUGAUGCUGAAACAUCUGAGAGUAGUGGUGGAUUCAAAGAAGGAGUCAGAGUACAAAUACUGGAUUGGAUUGAAUCAGAGGAUGUUGUUGUUGGUGAAGGAGAAUUCUGCUCUGCUGAACCGAAGUACAAAAUUGGUCGUAUACCAAUUGGUCCUAAUGCAGUGGCUAUCGUAGUUAAGUAUGCACUAAGCGCAUCAGCUUCACUCUGGAGGCCUACUACGGAUGUGUUAACUCUUGAUGAAGCUGUGGGAUACAAGAUAUCUUGGCCAAUGGAUAAAGUGAUUUUGGAUAAGGAUCCAAACUGUUCUGAAGAUUUAUCUAUGCAAAGCAAGGAAGGUGAAUAUCGAAGAUGCAAGAUAUAUGAUUGGACCAAUGAUGGGGACGAGGUCAUUGCUGAAGGUCUCGUGUGCUCUUCAAAAUCCAAAGACAUGGUUAACAACAUACCUCUGGGUCCCAAUGCUGUUAGUGUCGAAGUAGUGAAGGUGUUCAAUGAUCAAGCAUAUUUGUGGAGGCCAACCGCUGAUAUGUUCUUGAUUGGUGAUGCACUUAGCGAGAAAAUAGCAUGGCCAGUCCUAAAGGUUGAAGUCAUGCCUACACCUGCUACAGAAGUAACACCAACUAAAUGUGCAGGGAAGAAAAUAGCAUCACCUUCGAAGCCAGCCAAGAAAAAAGCAGUGAGUCCAGGCAGCACUAGUUCGACCAGAAGUCCGAAGCAGAAGUGCACUCUCUUGGAUUGCAACAACUCUGGACGUAAGGUAGCUGAAGGAAGGGUAGCUUCAACGGAUCCGAAUGAGUUGUGCCACUUUGUACCCCUAGGUCCAAAUGCAAGCAAGGUGUGGAUUGAUGUGGCUAAGAUCGGUGAUGCAAAAGUCUGGAGGCCAAAUUCAGAGAUUGAAUACAUAUCUGAUGCAAUGGGUUCGGUUGUGGCAUGGCCAAAUGACAAAAUCAAGUUUGUCUAAAAUUGUCGUCUGAAACAUUUUUCAAGUUGGUUCUCAUCGGCUAUGUAUUUCUAGUGUGUGAUCGAAUGUUUAGGUACUUUUUUACUCGGUUGAAAUCAUGUAUGAUAUUAUGUAACAGUUAGCAGACAAAAAAACAAAAAUUAUGUGUUAUAUUAUGAUAUAAGGUUAUGUGUGAAAAUGUUUAGCUUGUUAACCCCUAUACCCUUAAGUGCAUAAUUUUACAUUAAACCAUAAGCUUUAAAAAUUAAAUCCACAGACGGGAAGACCAAAAAUUAAAAUC